GUCUGUCGCAUCAAAGGGCGUUGGGCCACCCAACAUAUCGAUUACCACCAGGAGAAAACCAGCGCACUCGCAGAAACAUCUUCACACUACAAUAGAUUACUCUUGUUAUCAUCUUGUUAUCAACACGAUACUAUUCCAGUGUCUGAUAUAUUUUUUUCACAUAAAUAUAUAUAAAAAAACAAAUUUUUAUGGAUUAUGAAUUUUAAUAAAGUUUAUAUACUUGUAUUUAUAUUUUUACCAUUUAUUGAUGCGACUGAUUUUUUUGUUCAAGAUUUUCAUUACCGAUAUUUAUUAAUUACAAUUUGAUUGCGAUAUUAAUAACAAUAUUAUUAGGGCCCAAAGUAUAUGAAGCAAACCCAGAUGCUAAAAGACUGUACGAUGAUUUGUUAUCAAAUUACAAUCGGCUUAUACGGCCCGUUGUUAAUAACACAGAAACUCUUACUGUUUGGCUGGGGUUAAAGUUAUCGCAAUUAAUUGAAAUGAAUUUAAAAAAUCAAGUCAUGACUACUAAUGUCUGGGUAGAACAAAAAUGGUUUGAUUAUAAAUUACAAUGGGACCCAAUGGAAUACGGAGGAGUUGAAAUGCUUUACGUUCCUUCUGAAAAUAUUUGGCUGCCUGACAUUGUCCUGUACAAUAACGCCGAUGGAAAUUACGAAGUAACUUUGAUGACAAAAGCGACAUUAAAAUACAACGGUGAAGUUUACUGGAAACCUCCAGCUAUUUAUAAGUCAUCCUGUGAAAUAAAUGUCGAGUAUUUUCCAUUUGACGAGCAGUCAUGUCUAAUGAAAUUCGGUUCCUGGACUUACAAUGGUGCUCAGGUGGACUUGAAACAUAUGCAACAGCAACCAGGCAGCAAUUUAGUAGCAACCGGAAUAGACUUAAAUGAAUUUUAUCUAUCAGUAGAGUGGGACAUUCUUGAAGUACCAGCAUCGCGUAAUGAAGAAUAUUAUCCUUGCUGUGUUGAACCCUACUCAGAUAUCACAUUUAAUAUAACAAUGCGCAGAAAAACACUUUUUUAUACAGUCAAUCUUAUAAUACCAUGUGUGGGAAUAACUUUUUUGACAGUUUUGGUAUUUUAUUUGCCAAGUGAUUCUGGAGAAAAGGUCUCAUUGUGUUCAUCUAUUUUGCUAUCGCUGACGGUAUUUUUCCUCUUACUAGCAGAAAUAAUUCCGCCGACAUCAUUGGCUAUACCACUGCUUGGUAAAUAUUUACUAUUUACUAUGAUAUUGGUGACACUGUCAAUUUGGAUAACUGUCGUCGUGCUAAACGUUCACUUCCGAUCACCAACGACUCACAAAAUGUCUAAUUGGGUGCGCCAACUAUUUCUCAAUUGGAUGCCUCGGAUUUUGAUGAUGCGCCGAACGCCUUACGCUACUCCAGAGUAUACUGACAUGUAUAUAGAGACUGGAUAUUCAAAUGACUACGACUACAGUUACGGCGACAACGAGAGCGAAUACACGACGGACAUGAAAGAAAAUCCAGACGAAAUGGACAGAGUUAUGCUGGGCUACAAAAAUAUGGAGGACGAUGAAGGACAUCCUCAUGGUUCCAGUCAUGACAGUGACAACAUGAUGCUGAAACAUUUGUCCCCAGACGUUAUUUCUGCAUUGAAAGGCGUGCGGUUCAUAGCACAGCACAUCAGAGAUGCUGACAAAGACAACGAAGUAAUUGAAGACUGGAAAUAUGUCGCGAUGGUGCUGGAUAGAUUUUUCCUGUGGAUAUUCACCCUCGCGUGCACGGGAGGCACAGCUGGAAUAAUAUUGCAGGCACCGAGUCUCUAUGACACGCGGGUUGGUCUCGAUCAAAAUCGAUCCCCUGGUAUUCCCAUGCGCGGGGGCAAAGACAUGCGGACUGUUGGUAUCAGUGACAUCGACAGUAUUUUACGUGAAAAACAAUAAUUAAGUUAAGAUACAAAUAAAAUAUGCUCACUUAAAAUUAAUUACCGAUUACUUAUAACUAUUAAUAAUAAAUAAU